CAACACAAGGCCAGCAACACAAAGCACCAGGGUACCUUCACUAUUUGUACUAGUACUAGUAGUACAAGCACAGUAUUAGUAGAACUACCGACAAUACCGAUGCUUGCUGUAGUAUGAGAAGCAUACGCAUUCGUACGGUGUUCCCUCGGUCCGGAAGCGUCCCCUCGUUUCCCGCUCGUUCGCUGCUUCGCGUUCUGGAUCAAGCCCGCCGCCGGGUGGUUUGUUUCCUGCUUCACUGCUUCACUGCGAGAACACUAUUGAGCCACCGACCGAAUGGGUGGCACGAAGCGCUCGGUAGCGCCCAGCAGUUUCUCCAUGGAUUUGUUUGUUCUUCCGUAGUUUUAGGGUAAAACGUAAGAAUUGAUUUCUUUUCUUUAAAUUAUAAAUUGUCUAGUCGUACAGUAAAAAUCAUAAAUCAUGGGCAAGUAUAUCAUAUCAUUUCUUCCGUGGAUGGGUCGAUUCGAUUCGGUUCGAUAUCGAGCAAGACACCAGCGCCGUGGUCGUGGUGUGUCAUCGGUUCCGUUCCGAGAACCAGGAAGCUUCGGGAGGAGGCGGAACGAAGGGCCUCGCGGUUGUUAUUCGCGGCGGGUGUGGUGGCACGCCACGGAAUUGGAAUUCGCAUUCGCAUUCGCAUUCGCAACCCCUGUGGAACGCAUCUAGGGGCAGGAGGAGAGGGACCCCCCGGCGCACGAGAAGGUGUUGGUGGAACCCGAGCACGUGCACUCGACGGUCCCGAAGGUGUCGUGGUCGUAGCAGCAGGUGAAUUCCUCGAAUCCCGAAGGGUUGCAGGCGUCUCCCGACAUGGGGGCCUCCGCCCCGCAAAAGUUGGGGUUGAUGGCCAGGUUGUUGACGGAAAGGUCGACGCCGAUGCCGACGUCCGCGACCGGGGCCAGGGGGGGUGCCAGCGGGUUGGUGACGGUGACGAUCGUGGUGAGGUCUUCCUUCUCGACGUCGAGGGUCCCGGAUCCCUGGUUGGUGCAGACCCACGUGUCCUCGCCCCUGACGCAGGUGCAGAUGGGAACGGGGUUGUAUUCGUAGUAGGGGCAGCUCUUGAUGUUGGCAUCGCCCACAAAGGUGCAAUUUGUUCCGCUCUCGGGCAGGGUGGCGGGGCAAUUGACCGUGUCGAUCACCACUUCGCUUGCGGGUCCUUGUCCCUGUGGUUCUUGUGGUUCUUGUGGUUCUUGUGCCCCGGGGGCAUCUUCGGCGAGUUGCGAGGUGUUGAGGGUGCUCGCGUCCCAGACAGCGGGUCUCCCGGCGUCCACGUAGGCCUUGUCGACCCUCUUGCCGCACUCGAAAAAGGGCUUGAGAAGGUCGGUUGAGCACCUGGUUCCACAGGCCUCGUUGUUCCUGCAGCUGCUGGCGGAUCCCUGGGCGGUGGAGGUUGACAACGAGCCAAAGGCGAAGAGGCAUUUCAUGCAGUUUUCGGGGGUGGCGUCGGCGGUGAUCAUGGGCAAGGUGCACAGGUCGAUGUUGUUGAUCGGAGUUCCCUGGCAGGCCUUCUUCCAGUCUUCGAGAUCGGUCGUCGUCUUGGCAGGGGCGGCAGUGGGGGGGKUCGCAAUGAUCUGGAAUUGAGGGUUUAAGUUAACACUACUACCGGGUUUUUUGUUAUUUUUUUUGUCCUUGUCCUUCUUGUUCUUGCCCAUGCGGCCACGCUUGAACAGAAGGGAUCGUUCGUCCUGUUCCUGUUCCAAUGGCUGGUCAUUGCUGCGAAGGUAUUUGCGCUCCCCCCGAACCGCGGAAACAAGACCGAAGUUGGAGGCGGUCGAAGCGAGGGCGAGGGUGGCGAGGAAGACGUUUUGGUAGAUCAUGUUUUGGCUGGCUUGGGGUGAAAGUUGGCUUGGAUUCUUGGGGUGCAGAGAGGUGCUAUGUGGUGCGAUGUGAUGUGAUGCGAUGUCUUUUGUCGGAUAGGUACKGCAGGAGAACACAACGAUGCGAUGCGAUGCGAUCUGAUCUGACUCGUGCAAUGGAUGGAUGCUGGGUUUGGUUUUAUGACACCCUCUGGAAUAAAAGAGAUGCGCUUCG